GAGCGUCUCAUAAAAGCAAGCCACCUGACAUUCAUAUUCACAAUCCAUCGGAUGGAAUCGCCAGCAGAAAGGUAAAAAGACUGCCGACCGCCAAUAGCUACAACAGGGCUGGCUUCAGACGCCUUUGUCACCUUUCCGUUCCUUUGUACUGGCCCCUUUGUCUCAACCCGCGAUGCGCCUCUUCAACAAGUUCCACAUUGUAUGCGCCUUAGCGGUAGCCAGUAUCCUGCUGUCAGCCUGGUUCCUCGCUUCCCAGCAUUACUAUAAACGAGUUGUUCCGACCAAUGGCGAAGACUCCAGUUUCAAUGUCGCUACAUCCUUUGAGCAGAGGUUAGUUGUCUUUGGGGAUUCGUGGAGUGACAACAAUGCGGGCGAACUUCAAGGGUCCGUCUGGACGGAGUGGCUUUGUUCACUGUUUCAAUGCCAUCAUGAGAACAUGGCGCAGACCGCCAAGUCACUAAGAGGAAAGUAUAUUGGCUCAGUCGUAGACAAUGAGGAGUUACCAGCGUCCUUGCUCAACUUACACAAGUCACCACUGGCGGAUUUCAAGACUCAGGUUAGUCAGUGGACCGCCGCCGAGACACGUGUCGUGCAAGAAGACCUAGCGGGCAACAAGGAAUCGAUCAGCUAUCGCCAGAAUCACACCAUUUUUAUCGUAUCCUUUGGGGUGUGGGAUGUGUGGAACUUGUUAGAUAGGGACUACGACACUGCAAAGCAAUCUGUGGACCGCAGCAUUGGAGUCAUCAUCGAUCAGCUCAGUGUGCUGUCUCAGAGUUUGGGCACGGUCGAGCUCAAAGUCAUUCUGACAUUGACUCCAGAUGUGACCUUCUUUCCGGCGUUCAGGCCCACCAGAAGUCAACGUAUCGGUCGGCACAAAGACGCCGUCCGACUGACGGAUUAUUGGAACAGCCGACUUCGUGAGGCUGCGGAAAAGUGGGAUCAAGGCACGAUCUAUCUGUUCGAUACGAAUGCUUUUCUAGCAGACCUGAUCCGUGAUUGGCAGCUUUUUGCUGCCGGUAUUGAAGAACCCAAUGGGCUGGGUAAGAACCAGGAGCCCGGGUGGGAGAAUGUCGACGACGCAUGCGUCGAAAAUGAACAGCAAUUAGUGAUGACAUCAGAAGUGAAAAAAUGCGACAACCCAGAAAAGUUCUUAUUCUGGAACGAGAUGCAUUUGGGUCCAUCGGCCCACCGACUCAUGGGUACAGAAAUCUUCCACGGGAUCGAAGACAUGUGGCUCCAAUGAAAAGAGCAUUACAAGGGUAAAAUAAUAAUAAUAGUAAUGAAAACCAGAAAACCAUGAAUCAGAAAGGAAAAUUUUAUAAUAGCCAAAAUUCAUCUUCCAUUUUCUCUUUACACCAACGAUAGGGCAUGCGCAAUCUCGACGUAAUUCGUUAUUCGUUGUAUUUCUGUAGACAAGCUCUAAGCCAACGGUUGGUUUCCGACAAAAAAACGCUUGCUGAAGAGGAACACAGCCAGGGUAACCUCAGCUUAC